AUGGCGCUGGCAGCUGUCUACUGGCUGAAGCCGCAUCAGGUGGCGACGUCUCACCAAGCUCCUGCUUCCAGCGAUCACAGGUACCGGCGGCGGGUGGGCGCGAAGUACCUCUAUCGGUUCUCCCUUACUAGAGAAAAAUUUAAGAACUAUGCGUACAGUUCCAGACCAAUGUUAAUGAAAGGUGCUGCCUCAAAAUGGCCUGCAAUGCGUAUGUUUGAUUAUCAUUUUUUUAGAGACUUGUAUCAAAGAAUUGAUGGUGCUUACGAAAGUGUAGAGGAUGAGUGCCAGAUUUUAACUUUCAAGACUGAAUUCAAAACAUUAGAAGAAGUAUUUUCUAUGCCUGAGUCAAGAGUCAAACUAGAAGAAGGCCAGAAGCCGUGGUAUGUUGGUUGGAGUAACUGUCAUCCAGAAGUUCUGGACGUACUGCAUCAGUACUAUGAUAAGCCAGACUUCCUGCCAGAGGAUGCUGAACACUCUCGCACUGACUACAUCUUCAUCGGAUACCAACAGGGAGCUGUCAUGCAUAUUGACUACGUAAGCCGCCUGAUGUGGCAGGCCCAAAUUAAAGGGCACAAGACAUGGAAAUUGUUACCACCACCAGAGUGUGAUGAUGUUUGUUCACCAGUUAGCUUCCGUGUUGAACCAGGAGAUAUAGUUCUCCUGGACACACGGCAGUGGUACCACGAUACCCAUAUAGACGAUGGAGAAAUGAGUCUUACAGUCAGCUCUGAAUAUGGUUAGAUACAGCAGAAGACAUGCAAGAAAAUUGUAUGACAGUACAAAAGUAGCUUUUAACCUCAGGAAUUCACAUGGUUAUGAUGAAAUUUCAGCAGUAAUUUUAAUUAGUUUGAUGACAAUAGCUAUACUAAUCACCACUACCCAAAAGCCAAACCAAAGUCCCAUCAAAUUGCCAUCAGCAACACUUAGGCUGUUAUGAAUAUUAGAAAGUGAUUAUUCUGCUUCUGAUUUAUACCACAAAUUGUUUCUAGUCCUUUUGUACAGCAGGCACAAUUAUUUCAUUUAAAUUUACGUAUAUUUGUACAUUACUAAGCUAGCACAAAGAAAUAUUUAUUACACAAAAGAGAAUUAUUUUUA